UCUUCCUCGCAGACCAGGGCGACCGUUGGGUAUCUGUGCUGAGGCGGCGCGAACAGGGUCCUUGAGGUUCUUAACUGUGUAGUGGCUGUAGCCGGUGGGCUUGAGGGGCUGCAGGGUUCUGUUCGGGCACAAUGGCGUCUCGGGCAGGCCCGCGAGCAGCCGGCACUGACGGCAGCGACUUUCAGCACCGGGAGCGCGUCGCCAUGCACUACCAGAUGAGUGUGACCCUCAAGUAUGAAAUCAAGAAGCUGAUCUACGUGCAUCUGGUCAUAUGGCUGCUGCUGGUUGCCAAGAUGAGCGUGGGACACCUGAGACUCUUGUCACAUGAUCAGGUGGCCAUGCCUUAUCAGUGGGAAUAUCCAUAUUUGCUGAGCAUUGUGCCCUCUCUCUUGGGCCUCCUCUCCUUCCCCCGCAACAACAUUAGCUACCUGGUGCUCUCCAUGAUCAGCAUGGGGCUGUUUUCCAUCGCUCCGCUUAUUUAUGGCAGCAUGGAGAUGUUCCCUGCUGCUCAGCAACUCUACCGCCAUGGCAAGGCCUACCGCUUCCUCUUUGGUUUUUCUGCCGUCUCUGUCAUGUACCUGGUGUUGGUACUGGCAGUCCAAGUGCAUGCCUGGCAGUUGUACUACAGCAAGAAACUCCUAGACUCUUGGUUCACCAGCACACAAGAGAAGAAGCGAAAAUGAAACCUGCCUGAUGGACUUCUCUGAGGUUGACCAGAGUGAGAAGGCUAGAGGAACUGUGUUCCUAAAUCUCUUCGGUGAUUAGAGCAGGUCACAUUGGCACCUAGGGCAGACUAGGCCCAAGUUUUGACUUAGAGUUCUCCCACUGCCAUCUGUGAGGUGGCAAAACUAUAAUUUAUUCCUGGUGGGCUAAAACUGGGUGACCAACAGCUGUGAAACAAACUUCAGUUGGUUGAAGUUGAACCCCUUAGUGCUUUUUAUUUAAGACUGAGCCUUACCCUUGCCUUCUCUUGGUCAUUCUCCCUACUUCCAUUCAUCAAGACUGAAGGAGAUAAGGAAUAAAUCAAAUUCUACUUCAGUCAGUAGGUCAUAGGGCAGGAAACAUUUGGGAAGCUGCUCCCCCUUCAGGCUGUGCUCUCUACCGCAAGCUUUUUAAUUAAUUAAAAAGAACCUCAAUAAAGUUAAGACUGCCCUGUC